UUGACGAUAUUGAUUAGCCUUGUUUUCCCGGUACUUUCAAUGAAACAAUGAGAAACAAAAUGCAUGAAGUCAAACGAGCUGCUUCCCUUAUGUACUGCGUACGUGUCCAAAACGCAGUAUUACCAGUGUAUUCUGUAGUUAAUAAUGACAGAUUAUUUUAGCAAAUGAUUAAACUAGUUACCAGCAGAUAAUCUACCCGUACAUGUGUUCAUUUAAUUCAGUACAAUUAGGACUGAUCUAGAGCAUAUUUUAACAUUAAAACACGUCUUUUGUAGAACAAAUAAGGGUUCGUGACGGAGAUGUGAUGAGAAUGAAUGAAAGCGAGAGGGAAUAAUGAUAAUUAAUAGUGACGCGUGCGCACUCGGACAGAUGCUCGCUCUCGUUCGGCGGCUGCAGCGGGAGGUUUCUCGUUCUCUGAGGUCGUCGCGCAGCGGUGUGAUGGCGACCGCACGCUCUCCGCUAUUCUCCACAUCUGUCCGUCCUUUGUGAAUGUUUAACACAUAAAUCAGACAUGGCACGCCAUCAGGGAUCGGUUCUCCUCCGCUGCGCGGUUCUGCUCGUCCUGAGCAGCGGGAGUUCUGCUUUACCGAACCGGACCAGCAGCGUCCGCGAUGCGCAAUACGAGACCACCGACAGUAAUAAUACCAAUAAAUACACCAAUAAAGACUCUCUGGAGUGGAUACCAAAGCUACAGGGCAACAGUACUGUAAAACGCUGGCGCGUUCUGGGUGAAGUCGGGCCCUUGUGCGCAUACCGCACUCUCGGCGCUGGUGACCCCGGGCCACUGUGCUUCCGCUACGCCCAACCUGACUUCAGGUGCGCCAGCGCUUCCUGUCGACAGGUGAGCUCACCAGGUGGGCAGCUCACGGCGAAUAUUCUGUCUAACGGAAGUGUGUUCAUCCAGUGGACGGUCGGUCACGAGGCCCUACCGACGGGUCUCACGCCGGUUCAAACGGGUGGCUUUAGGCUCAGCUGCUGGUGGAACGGCAGCUACACGCAGUUCGAAUGUGCCGGGGUGCAUUUGGGCAGCAGCUGCAGGGAUUAUUUACUCAACGAGCUGCACGCGAACGUGCCCUACCGCCUGUGCGUGCGGCCCUACGCCCUCGAGCGGGCCCAGGCCUGCGUGGAGUUCAGCCUCGCGCCCGGCGGCAUGCAGGACAUCGUUAUCGCCAUGACGACGGUGGGUGGAGCCAUCUGCGUGAUGCUGGUCAUCAUUUGCCUACUGGUGGCGUACAUCACUGAAAACAUCAUGAACCCGACGGCGCAACACACGCUUACCGCACAACACUCGCACAGGUCGCACUUACACACGCACCUGUGAAAACGCAUCACGCAUCGUUACCUUCACGCAAACACACACGCGCACCUUCCUACAACUCAGGAUCAGAACUGAAGUGCAGAAUCCACAUCGAACUGCUGUGCUGCUCCUGAGAUGCACUUUCACAACAUUACAACACACCGGCUGUGUUCGGAAUGGAAUACUUAGCUACUCUUUAAGAAAAAUACUGUGCGGUAUACACUACCAGUCAAAAGUUUUUAAAUAGUAAGAUUUGUAAUGUUUUUUUUAAAGAAGUCCCUUCUGCUCAGGAAACCUGCAUUUAUUUGUUCCAAAGUACAGCAAAUACAGUUAAGUUUUAAAAUAUUUUACUGAUUAAAAUAUAUUUUAAAAUGUAAUUUAUUCCUGUGAUUUCCAAACUGAGUUUUUAGCAUUAUUGCUCCAGUCACAUGAUCCAUCGGAAAGCAUUCUAGUAUUGUUGUAGUAUUGUUUAGAAAUCAGAAACAUUUAGAAAUCUUUGUAACACUAUAAUUGUCUUUAUCAUCACUUUCAAUACAUUUAAUGCGUCUUUGCAAUAUAAAAGUAUUCAUUUCUAUCAUCUCUUAUUUAUUAUACUAAUUCCAAGCUUUUAAAAGGUAUAGCGUAUCAUUUUACAAAAGCUUUUUAUUUCAGAUAAAUGCUGAUCAUUGGAUCUUUCGUGUAUUAAAUAUUGGUGAUAAUAAUAAUCAGAAAUGUUUGUUGAGCAGAAAUCAGCAUAUUAGAAUGAUUUCUGAAGGAUCACGUGACUGGAGUAAUGAUGCUGAAAAAUUUUAACAGCAUUCACACAGAAAACAACUAUUUUAAAUAGAACAAAAUUAUUUUUUUGCUGUAUCAAAUAACCCAGGAUUGGUGAACAGAAGAGACUUCUGUAAUUAGAAAACUUUAAAAAUCUUACUGUUCAAAAACGUUUGUGUGCAUAAUUCUAAAAAUAGUAGUGUGCUAUUUUGCCACAUGACCUCAUCAUGUUGCACGUAAAAAGACUGUUUGCAUGUUUCAGCGCAAUUUUACAAUUUUGGCAGUCGAGAAAGACCAUCCAGUUCAUUCAUCACAGGUCAAGUCAAAAGCAUUGGAUUGUGGGAUACAGUAUACCACAGCAAUAGUAGGAAUGAUAGGACAGUAUGCUAUUCCGAACAUAGCCACACACUUUGAUAUAUACAACAAGCUUUUUUCCCUGUGUUUAUGUGCAUAGUCUGAUUUAAUAAUCUCAUUUACCAAAAAAACUGUGCACUCGUUGAUAUUUAGACUGAUAGCUGUAUUAAUAUUUGUUUUAGAAAUGCAAAAUAACUGCAUACGAUGGCUUUGUGUAAGGUAAUAAUGAUGUUUUGGGGUGUAGUAAGGAAGUAAAGGGACGCUGUAGUUUUGUACUCUGAUGUUCAGUGUGUCAAACCCAAUAAUUUACAGUAUGCCUUAUCUUUACACGACUCUAAUUCUAAUUCUGAGUUAGUAAUAUUCACCAAAAUAAGGACCCACUGACUGGCUGAACAGUCGUUUGAAUACUGUGCUUUUUUCUCUCUGUAAUACAAACCUUUUGUGUCAAUAAAGAGGGUGAAUUUAA